UAUGGGAGCUGCUCCUUCGUAAAAGGUUCCAAAGGGCCAAUUACAAAAGCAAUGGGAGAAGCUCACUUGUGACACCAUUUCAAACGGCAACAAAAAUGAGUGUUAUAAAAGUGAACAACAGAUAUGCUGAAGAAAGAUACCAAAGAAAAAGGAUGAAAAAGCAGAUGAAAGCUGUCAAUCUCUUCCCUCCUUUCUUUUAAAACCAUCCAUCUCUCUCAACGUAUUCCUCAAAAUUUUACCAUGAGCUUCAUCAGUCUCAGGAUCUGAAAGAAAGAAACCGGCAAAGAAGAAAGUGAUCGAGCGGGUCGAUAGUAAGAAAUCAACAUGAAAGCAAGGGAAGCAAACAAGGGUGCUCCAUCAGCAGAUCUGUUGGUUUGUUUUCCUUCUAGAGCCCAUCUAACCUUACUGCCUAAGCCCAUUUGCAGUCCUGCAAGACCAGCAGACUCCAGCAAGCAUCAUCCCAACCACCGUCAUAACCACCAGUACCACCACCACCGAAGGAAAUCUAGCAAUGGAGGUGGUGGUGGUGGCCAAGCCAGCCCUCUGUUAUGGACCAAAAACAAGCAAAUGGGUACGGAGAUCGUGGAGCCAACUUCACCGAAGGUCACCUGUGCUGGGCAGAUCAAAGUCAGGCACAAGGCCGCUGCAUGCAAGAGCUGGCAAUCAGUCAUGAAAGAGAUUGAAAGAAUUCACAACGGGAAACACAAGAAAAAAUCAUCUUGGAUGGAUUCUCUUGGAUUCAAGAAAGAUAUAAUGCAAUUCUUGAGAUGUUUAAGAAACAUAAGAUUAGAUUUUCGAUGCUUGAGGUCCAUUUCUCAAUCAGAUAUCACUACAGAUGAUGAGGGUGAGGGUGAAGAAUGUGAAAAUCACAGUGGAGCCGGGGCAAGUGAUGCCAAUGAGACUUCGAGAACCGUAUUUUCUAAAUGGUUCAUGGUGUUACAAGAGAAUCAAAAUAACGAAAUUUGCAAAGAAAAGAGAACGGACAAGGACAAAGACAAAGAGAAGUCCUGUAGUGAUGAGUCUACUGCUACGCCUUCUGUUCCUCCACCCAAUGCUCUGUUGCUUACGCGGUGGUGGUCUUCUUCUACAAAGAGCUGGCUAGAAGAGAAAGCAGAAGAACAAGAAGAGGAUGUGAAAACAGAAGAGAGCAAAAAGAUUUUGAAGGCUUUAAUGGAAGAAGAAGAAGAAGAAAGAAAUACCAAGAAAGAGAACUUGGUGGUAAUGAGACAUGACACCGAUUUCUACGAAAUUUCAUCUGAUAUAGCAAAAGAAAAGUGGGUUGUUGGUGGAACGAGAGAUCCAUUAUCAAGAAGUCGAAGCUGGAAGAGAUGGUGAGCUUCGUAGGGAACUAUAUCCUCCAUUAACAAUGUAACUGGAGUAAUUUUCAACUUUUUCUGUGUUCAAUAUUUUUGUGUACCUCUUUUACGAAAAUUUUCUUUCUAGGUUCUUGUGUGGGAAUGGGGAAAUCAAUCCUAAUCAGGAUUCAUAGCUUUCUUUUGUUGGUUUAUUAUUUACAAAACUUGAAGUUGCAUUACAUUUGUACAGCUCUUCUUUCCUUUUCCCUGGAAAGGAUUUUUAUGCCAUGUAUAUCUCUUGUGUUUUUUUGAGAAUAUUAUCUGAUAGUUAUGAAGCUUAUAUAGUCUAUUAUUGUCUACUUGUAUCUUGAAAUUACUAAUCUCAUGGUUCUUAGGUUUAUCCAAUUGUGCUUGCACGUGUGGACAUGUAUUGACAAUUGAAAUCUCACGUGUAAUUUAGUCCUGAUUCCCUGUCAGCUUCUACAUACACUACGGUUUAUGCAAGAGUGUUUGAUCCCCACUACUGUCGUCAUUUUGGUUGCUUUUGCAUUUGGCAGGAGUUGAAGACUCUGCAUAUCCCCUGCUUUAUCAAUGGGAGUUCCAUGGACAAUGGGUAUUUUUGACGCAAUUGCAUUCAGUAGCUAGAGCAUAGACAAGUUUUUGAGUUUCCGCAAUUCAGUUUCCACUUCUUCUGGCCAACCACAGUCCAGGAGAGGAGAUGGCUAUGAAACAUUAUUUUAACUGAUGAGAUUAUGAGUUGCCAAUCAUACCUGCAAAAGAAGGCCCGGUACAAUAAUCCUUGCAGUGUAAUUCACAUGGCUGCCAUUAGCAAUGCAAUUAAUUAAAUGUAG